UUUGGUUUUGUCAAGUGGUAUACAGAUAGAUAUUCACAACUCUCCCUCCUCUGUUUUUAAGUUUCAAGGCCAAUGGCAAGUACAGUGGCGGAGCGUGGCCGGAUUAUAUGGCGCAUGCGGCUCCACUCUGCUUUUAGGGCCGCCUUGGCAUGCGUCAUAGUGGGUGGCACCACCCUCUACGGCCCAGAAUCAGUCAGAAAAAAAAUAAAGUUCCCAGCUUUCUGUUACUUAACAGCCGUACUAAUAGUGGGUGAUGCCACACUUGGUGACACACUAAGAGGCUUCUGGCAUGCAUUUUAUGCUACAAUCCAAGUAGUCCCGCUUUCAAUGCUCAGCUUAUGGUUGCUUGGCCCCGGCUUGUUAUCCAGCGGCGUGGCAGCUCUGGCAGUGGCACUGUCGUCAUUCCUGGUGGUGCUGCCGGAGUCGACACAUUUGACGUCCAAACGGAUCGCUUUCGGGCAAAUUGUUGUGGCGUUUACCGUUGGUUGUUAUGAUAGUACGAAUGUUAGUUACAUGCACCCUUUAUACGUUGCAUCGAGUACUUUCCUCGGUGCUAUGGCUUCCGUUUUAGCCUUAUUGCUUCCAUGCCCUUUGAUGGCUUGCUAUGAGGUACACAAAUUGUGCAGAGUAUAUGCUGAAAAUGGUUCAGAGAGGAUGAAUCUCUACUUGAAAGCUUUCAGUGCCCCCAACAAUCAAGCCAAAAUGGAACUUCUCUCUCAAGUCAAGCCAUUUGCAGAAACCGGGAGCAAACUUUUGAAUAGUAUCAGAAUCUUACAGCCAGCGAUGCAGUGGGAGAGACCUUGCAGCAGACACUGGAAACCCGAUUUCAAUCCAGGAGUGAGAUUACAAUCCGUGGAAAUGCCAAUGAGGGGAAUAGAGAAUGCUCUAAUCUCUUCUGCAGCCUUUCCGGUGGGUGGGGUUCAUCAAGAAGAGCUCUCUAAGGUCAUACAAGGUGUGUCGAUGCAGCUUGGUCUGAAAACAGAGCAGGCCAGAUGUUUCUCGCCUUUCAAUUCGAUGACAGCACCCGAAGCAGCUGGAGUGGUGAUGGAAAAGAUUCUCUUGCCACUUGAAUCGAUGUCCAUAAUGAACAAGUCGGUCCUUUUCUUCUUCUCCUGCAUAGAAAUGUUCCUGGAUGAUUCGACUGUGAGACGAAAACAAGAGUCUUCUUUAGGUACUCGCAUAUCCCCUGUUGAAGUCCAAACUCAACAAGACCCUGCAGUGUUUGCCAUCAGAAAUGCCUUUAGAAGUUGGAUCAAGAAGCUUAUGGAUAAAGAAAGAUUGGUAUUUGCAUUCAAGUGUUCACUUUCUUUGGGGCUGGCUGUGCUAUUUGGUUUGAUGUUUAACAAAGAAAAUGGGUGCUGGUCAGGUCUCACAAUUGCCAUCAGUUUUGUAACAGGAAGACAUGCAGUGUUCACAAUAGCAAAUACCAGAGCACAAGGGACUGCAAUUGGAUCGGUCUACGGCGUUCUCUGUUGCUUUCUUUUCCAAAACUAUGCAGAACUACGUUUCUUAGCCCUUGUUCCUUGGAUCAUUUUUACCGGCUUUCUGAGGCACAGUCGUAUGUAUGGCCAAACAGGAGGAACAUCAUCCGCCAUAGGAGCAUUAUUGAUACUGGGAAGAAAAAAUUAUGGGACUCCAAGUGAAUUUGCCAUUAUCAGACUCACCGAGGUUCUAAUUGGGCUAUCUUGUUUCAUUGUCGUAGAGCUUUUUAUGCAGCCAACCAGAGCAGCCACUCUUGCAAAGAGUCAUCUACAUCAGAGCCUGAUCACACUUCAAGAUUGCAUAAAACAUAUAGGUUUGUAUUGUGGGCAAAAAGACCAGCCAUCUUCAACAUUUCAUGAAUUUAGAAAGAAUCAAGAAAACCUGAAAUCCCUUGUCGUUGAGCUGGAGAGAUCCACAGCAGACGCAGACUCAGAACCUGAUUUCUGGUAUUUGCCCUUUCGUAGUUCUUGCUACCAGAAGCUCGUCGGAUCUUUGUCAAAUAUAGUGGAUGUAUUGUACUUCAUCAUCUACAAUUUGAAAAUACUUUCAGAACUACCAGAGAGUUGCAGUGUUGCUCGCGGGGAACUACAGGAGAAUUUAAAUAAUGCUAUGGGAGAUUUCCAGGAAACUUUAAGCUCGUCACUGCGAUGUCUUGAAAAGGCCAGUUUGAGGGAGUCAUCUGUAGUCUCUACAGAACCAGAUGAGAAAACAAUCCAAGAACUAGAGGAGGGAAAACUCCAAAACCAAAACUCGUUUAGUGAUCCGAUUAUGGAGGAUGGAGAGUCAAACAAGAUUCUAAGGUACGCUGAGCAUGCUGAAAAGGAGGAUAAUGAAGGCAAGAAAGACAUUAGAGGAAGAAUGGUUCUCUGUUCAGGUGCCUUGGGAUUUUGCAUCAGUAUUUUGAGGAAAGAAAUACAAGAUUUUGAGAUAGGCAUAAAGGAACUAGCCCAAUGGGAGUAUCAUUCAAGGCAAUAGAAACUUUGAUGUUUUUUCAGGGGACUUUGAUGUAACACCAAUGCAAAAGUAAAUAGGGUGGCAGCGGUUGAUAACUAUAGGCAAAUAACGAUUUAUAGUAGUACAGAUAGCUAAUGCCUCUUCAGUGGCACAAAAUUAGAUUGACAUAUAUGAAAAUAGUAUGUAUGCAAUUGAUAUCAGAAGAAACUUAUGAAAAAUUAAAGAAGCACAGAACAAAGAAAAAAUCUUAUACAGGGGGGGAAAUUAUUGUUCUGAAGAAUUAUAUUGUCCAAGAUUAUUAUCUAAUGCACUAGCGGUGAAUCUUAAUCACUGUCCAGGCAAAGAUCUUACUACUUCAAAUACACGUUUGUUAAUGAAAAUAACAAAAACGUCAACAAAGCUAAGUUGACAUCACACACAUACAACAGAAGAUGCAAAAAAAAGCACCUCAAUUGCCUUCAUAUUUAAGGUCAGCCACCACAAAAUAAUAAGCACCAGCACACAUAUAAAGAUACCAAGAAAUGCCAAUUCUUUUAAACAGCGUUGAUUUGAAGAGAGAUGCUGCACGUACAGAGGGCUGUUUCACAGGCCCCUGCAGGGCAACACACAUGGGACGGGGCCCCACAAUUUUUUUUUUUAAUCGAUGUGGGACCUGCCUCGGUACAGUGUGAAGAGCUGCCCUGCACGUGGAAAAAAAAAGCUUCUUUCACUUAAAAGUUGACGGAGUAUCUACUCACUAAAAGUAAUCUUCCAAGUAUCGGUCCACUCAACCAACAAAUUGCCCUACUUGACCAUGUCGAGUUGAUCCUUUUCAUCACAAACAAUAGCAUCCAAGAAAGAUGAUGCCAUGGAUAUAUCUUUUCAAAACAAGAGGUGCUCCCACACAUUCAUCCAUCAUUUCUCAAACACAGCAUCCAAGAAAGCUGAUGCCAUGGAGAGAAACUAAUCUCCUUGAUCUUUUGUUUUGACAGUUUUAUCAGGAUAUAUCUUGCAAAGGGGGAACUAAUUGGUGGUUAAUGAAAUAUAAAACCCUUUAGAAAGUUGCAAAAUAUAAAAUAAAAAAUAAAUCUAGAGAGAGGAAUUGUGUUUUUGAUUUAUUUUCACAAUGAAUUCCUACAAUAUAGCAAAUUCCCGCGCAAUUGUUCGAACAGAGUAGAAAUUUCAAGCAGGAAUCAAUCCAAUACA